GCUUGCCGUCAGAAGACCGUGAGUUGUCGCCUGAGUUGCUGCUCCGCUGUGAGAAAAAUGUUAGGAGCUGUUUGGGACUGCAGUCGUGGCCUCUGAGCCCAUUUCGGGGACAAAAGAACAGAAUAAAUUCGCCGAGUGGAACACCUGUUAAUGCUUAAAAAGGUUGCAGAGCCAUGAUCUGAAUCGCUACGAUCAGUCUUUUCCUCAUGAAAGCAAACCAAUAUGGCAUGUUGACCCUCACACAUGCUGCAAACACAUACUAACAAGCCAUGUCUCUGACCGAAUCCAGUGCUAACGUGAGUGACUGGCUGAGCAUGCUUCGUUUGGAGCAAUACGGUGAGGCAUUCCAGGAGGCCGGGCUGACAAAGUUGCAAGACUGCCAGAACCUCACGCCAGAUCAAUUGGACCGGAUGGGCAUCAACCUGCCAGGUCACCAGAAACGAAUCCUGGCAAACCUUAACAAAAUGACCGCUAGUUAUGUUGCACAUGCUAAUGUUGUAAAGCCAGAGAGUUCUGAGCAGACCGGUCGUCCUGAAGUUAAAAGGAAAGAGAAGCCUGUGCCUGUUCCCUUGCAAAAAAAAGUAGAAGAAGGGAAAAUGGAUGGCGAGAUAACAAGACCUACACCCAGGGAGAGAGACAAACCAGUCCCCAAGGAGAGACAUUUGUGUAAUACACAAGACAACAGUAAUGGAGAAGGAAAACCGAAACCUGUUCCUGUGCAAAGACACUCUGCUCCUGUAGGAGGAAAGGAGGAAGAGAGGAGUGGAGCACCGGAUGGAAAAAGGGCUAAGCCUGUACCAAAAGAGAGGACUAAGUUUCGUUCUAAUUCUUCAGUGAACUGUCACCCUACACCCAUUGUGUCUGCACUGCCUGAUGCAUCUUUGCCACCUGUUCCCCCACGCAGCACACCUAACUGCCCCCCACAGCCCUUCGUCUCAUCCCCUGCUCAACACUCUGGCUCCUUGAGUUUGGACAGGAUCGUUGUGGUGCCACCUCCAGAAGUAAAGUGCAGAUCUUCAUCCCAGAAAUCCACCCCCACCAGCACCUUUGUUUCCACAGAAGCGCCCAUCCAAACUCCCAGCAUCCAGUCGUCCACACCCCGUUCUAAUUCAUUACCCAUACAGCCGUCUACCCAUUCUUUCGGUGAGGAUGAAGCCAGGAAAGCUUCUCCCGUCUCCUCAGCCUCCUCUGCCAUUGAGGACAAAAGUGUCCCUCCUCUGCCUCCAAAAGCAGGAUUUAAAGGCCCACCACCAAUCCCACAGCGGGUUCCUCUACAGUCUCCCAAAACUCACAGCCCACCUCUGACCAAGAAAGGAACCGAGGAGCUGAUUCAGACAGACCCCACUCCACAGGUUCCACUACGUAAUAGGACACCACAAGCACAGGAAAUCAGCAAACCGUCCGAGCAGACUGAACUACAGCCCGCUCUGCCUGCGAGGAAGAUCUCCAAGCCUCCUCUCUUGGUUCCAGUUGAUGAUAGUUCUAAUGACUACAUUGAUACAGACCUGCUUAACUCCAGUGUUCAACAAAGGAAGGUGACAGACAGGGACAUGUCCCUGCAAGUACCCAUUCACCACCAGAAGCGGGUUUAUUCUUUGUGUAGCGAUGAUGAGCUGUUAGAUGAAGAUGACCCAGAUUUUCCUCCUUGGCAGACUGAACGCAUCGCCAACCUGCCUGGCAGCUUUUGCCUGCCCGACUCCGGGAGACUGUCCACACCUGUUAAGGAAGACAGUUCCCAACUUUCUUCUGUCAUCAAGAUGGGGUGGCUGGACAAGAAUCCACCACAGGGGGCUCUUUAUUACCAGAGACGAUGGGUGAAGCUAGAAGUUGACUACCUAAAAUACUUUGACAAUGAAAAGGAGGUGUAUUCCAAGGGGUUUAUCUCCACAGCCUUUAUCACCAAUGUGUCUAGUGUGGGAGAGUUGAAGUUUGAGGUUGCCACAAACAACCGGACAUUUAUCUUCAGAGCUGAAAACGAAGAUGAAAGGAACGAAUGGGUGACUUUACUGAGGGACUGCACCGGGGGGCCCAAGCGCCCUAUAUCUUUGAUCGCAGGCUCACCUUUGACCCCAGACUAUUUUGGCUAUUUGGAGCUCAGAGGGCUACGAUCCAAACUUUUUACUGUUGUUGCUUCAGAUAAAGUCCUUCUCUAUAAGAACGCAGAUGAUUAUCGCAUCGGAGUGGGAAUCACAUUCAUUGACAUGAACGUUGGAAAUGUGAAAGACUCGGAUCGUCGUAGCUUUGAUCUCACCACACCUUACCGCAUAUUCAGUUUCAUAGCCGAGUCGGAGCAGUCGAGGGAGCAGUGGGUGCAGGCCAUGAGGAACGCCAUAGGAGAAGCGCUGUCCAACAGUGAGGUGAUUGAGCAGUUCUGGACGGAGCCUAGCAACAGCUUAUGCGCCGACUGCGGCGCUCCGAAGCCAGACUGGGCGGCCAUCAACCUUUGUGUGGUGAUCUGCAAGCAGUGUGCAGGAGAACACAGAGGACUCGGUCCAAGUAUCUCCAAAGUACGAAGUCUGAAGAUGGAUAAGAAAAUCUGGACAGAGGAGCUUAUCCAGGUUUUCCUAAAACUCGGGAAUGAACGGGUGAACAGUUUCUGGGCUGCUAAUGUCCCGCCAAGUGAAGCCCUGUCGCCGUCUAGCUGCAGUGAAGACAGACGCCGCUUCAUCUCUAACAAAUACCGCCAGGGCAAGUACAGAAAGUACCAUGCUCUGUACGGGAACCAGAAAGAGCUCAAUAAUGCACUCUGCAUAAAUGUGCAGUGCAGUGAUUUGCUGGAGACGCUGAGCCUGAUUUUCUGCGGUGCAGAUGUGAAUUGUUCAACGGGUAUGGCAAAUUGUCCGUCCCCUGAGUCCCUAGCCAGUGCACAUUCCCAACCUCUGCAGGCUGAGUUAAUCAAACACAACCUCAACACAGAGCUGCCCCAGUUACAGACGGAGCCUGAUAUGGAUUUGAAACAUUACCCACCGCCGCCUUGCGUCUCUUACGAUGGCUACUUGUUCAAAACUGCAUCCAUGGGGCGGGCUGUGGCGGAGCGCAAAAUGAAAGAGGAGUUCAGUCGUCGUUGGUGUAUGCUAAAUGAUGGCACCUUCAGCUACUAUGAACACGACAAGAGCACCAAUCCCAACGGGACACUUAAAGCAUCAGAAAUUGUUUGUUUGGCUGUCGAUGUGCCUGAGAAACACGGGUAUGAGUUUACCUUUGAACUCUACUCAGAAUCUGAGCGUAUUUAUCUGUUUGGCACUGAUGAACCAGACACCUACAAGGAGUGGGUCAAGUGUAUUGCCAAGACCUUUAUCCCAGCCACAGCAGAGCCUUUGCUGAGGCUGAGUUUUGAGCGGAUCGGACGGCUGAAGUGUAAAGAUGGCUUGAACUUACAGAAAUCCAAGGUCGGCUGGUUUGCUCUGGCCGGCUCUACUCUUCAUGUUUACCUGGAGAACAGCAAGGGAGAGGAGAUCCACUUGCGUAAACUCAAUGAACUUUCAAUUCAACAAGACAACGAAGUGUUGGUUCUUGUGGAGAAGGGCAGGACUCUGUACAUCGAGGGAGAAAGGAAGCUGGACUUUGCCGGCUGGUGUGGAGCUAUCCAAGCAGCGGCAGGAAGUGGAGGAGACACACUGAGUCAGCAGCAGCUCACAGACACAGAUAUACCCGUCAUUGUACUCAGCUGCAUCGACUACAUCACGCAGUGUGGUAUGACAUCGGAGGGAAUUUAUCGGAAAAGCGGCGUGAACUCCCGUGUGACGGCCUUGUGCGACAGAUUCCGCCGAGAUGCUCGUAGCCUUCGAUUGAAGGAGGGAGAGCAUCAGGUGGAUGACGUCUCCAACACUCUCAAGCGCUUCUUCAGGGAGUUAGAGGAGGGGCUGUUUACAUCAGAGUAUGCCUACAGCUGGCUCAGCAUCACUGCCUUACCAGAUGAAAAUGAUAAGAUCUCAGAAUACAAGGCCCUGUUGGACAGACUGCCUUGCGUCAACAAGGCUACACUACAAGCCCUCAUCAACCACCUCUACUGCGUGCAGCGUUUCUCUGAUCUAAAUCAGAUGAACCUCCACAACCUGGCCAUAGUGUUCGGUCCCACUCUGUUCCAAACCGAUGGGAAGGACUACACCGCCGGCCGAGCCAUAGAGGACCUCAUUCAGCACUACAUACUCAUAUUUGAGGUGGAUGAGCAGCAGCUGGACAAGCAGCUGAAGGAGAUCAAAGCCAUCAUCGACAUGACCGAUUUGAGAAUACGCCCCAAGUUUCCUAAACCCGGAGGUAACGGCCACUUCAUCUGUACUGUGUAUCUGGAGGAACUGAAGGACACAGCAGAGCAGCAUGUCAAGAUUCCGGGUUCAAUGACUGCAGCAGAGCUGGUGUAUGAGGUUUUGGACAGGCGCAACAUUCCAGUCAGAGAUAAGGAUUACUGGAGCUGUUGGGAGGUCUGCGAGGAAAUCGAACGUCCACUGCAUUAUCAGGAGAGAGUCUUGCCCAUUCUUCACUCUGCUGGCAAUGAGUCCCAUCUUCUCAUCAAGAAGCAGCCUGCUAUGGACGCCAUGGUCAACUACCUUGCCACUAAAGUCGACGUAUCCAAGCACGGGAUGAUGAAAUUCAGAGAAGAGCGAAGCAUUCUGGGUUUGGGUCUUCCCUCUGGAAAUUUCCACGAUCGAUUUUUCAUCCUCAAUGUCACCUCUCUCAGAAUGUACAAGGAUGUCAGAAGUCACCGUGCAGAACGUGAAUGGGUCGUGAAAAACUUGAAGAUUUACUUGGGAAUCAAGAAGAAACUCCGUCCUCCCACAUGUUGGGGUCUGACUGUUGUGUAUGAGAGCAAGAAACAAGAGAAGCCAGAGAGACAACAGUGGUGAGCUACUCUCAAUAUAUUUUCUAAGUUUUGCCUCCCCGCUGACACUGCAUCUAGGUAAGAAUCUACUAUAACACUUAAUAAUUACCUUUUAUAGCCUUCAAUUCUACCACAACUCCCUCUUCUCAAAACAUCUUGAAGAGUAAACCCAGUUUAGUAAUUAAUUAUUCAAUUCUUCUUGAACGCCCCUGUUGUUUAUACUUUGCCUACAAGCUUCAGACAUUCUUGUAAACUUAUUUUAGGACAAAAACGUUAUCUCCAGCAUACAAACAGAAACCUGGAGAUAACUGAGUUUAUAGUCAUGCUGUCCAUAUUAUGUGGGGAAAUACUCUCUGUACUUUAAUAAUUAAUGAUUUCAAUGCCUCGACUAACAACAACAAUAAAAAGAGAUUCUUAUUAAAAUAGUAAAAUACUCGAAUGAUGAUAAUGCACAAAAAAAGUGUCCAGAAAAACUUUAGAGUACCUUUAAGCAGGCUGGAAAAUACGGAUGAAACCGAUUUAUUUUAAUAUUAGCUGAAAUUCUUGCUCUAUAAAGCAAAAUGUAAAGAAAUGAAGGUUGAUUUGGCAGUUUUACACAAUAUAUUAUAACUAAAUUAUGAGAAAAUAUUUUACUUCCUGCAAUGCCAUGUAUCAAGCAUUUCUAUUUUAUUGUUAAAAUGAAGAUUUAGGUAAUGACUUCAUGAAUUUUUUUAAUAGUUUUGAUUAACUUUUACUCCUAAGUCUCCCGAAAUAAUAGUUACUUUGGAAACUUAUAUCAAUGCUACACAAUCCUCCUCUGUUGUGCAAAGAGGGAAGACACCAGAAAGUAGUGCAACACCAGUAAGAUUUUUGUGUUCGCAGAAGGACACUCCUGUUUUUGUGCAGAUGCAUUUGCUUUUCUUUAUGUGCAGAACGCCAUGGUAUUUUCUCUCUUAGUGGAAGUUUGAUCAUAUUCAUGAUAAAGUAUGCAUGUAAAUAUGACAAACAUCAGAAGCUGGAGGCUUUUCUUCUCUCAGAGAAAACAGGUCAGAUCCCUGCAUGAGUUUGGUGAGUGAGGCAUAUGAAAGGUCGGCUCCACCUAGAGGGGAAACACACCAGAAUACCUAUAACCAUGGCUGUGUUGUGCUCCAGGUCUCUUCACAUUCCCGUUCCUCUCUAUGUGUUUGUGCCUCAGCAUAAUGUGUGUGUUUGCCUCCCCCACCCCCAUUUAAAGUAGACUAAGACUGCACAGUGACAUUAAGGGCCUUGGACAGGUUUUUUGGAUGCAUCUAGAAGGCAUGCGCUCUCCUUUACUAGAGAAAGAACAUUUGGGUUUCCCAUCUUUUUUAGGGCUUUUUCUCUAUUUGGAAGAUUAGAUUGUGAUGAUAGAUUAACUUGGCUGCAGCAUAUCAGGGUCCCAGAUGUUGCAUGAAGGAACCCUGUAGCAGCAAUGAAAUCCCAUCCAUUACUUUUUACUCUUCGUACUGCAGAUGGUUCAAAAAUGCUGGUGCAAGACUUUUGACCAAGUUUUCAAAAUAAACUUGUGUUACCCCUCGCUUUAAUAUUCUGGUUCUGGUUUUUAUAGGGCUUUUCAUGGACAAAUGCCAGCAUAUGUCAUUGAUUUAAAAAAAAAUAAAUCUUUAUACCGCCUGUCAGUCCCUAAGGUCCAGUGGGCCAAACCUACUGGUUAUGACGCUCCCCAGGCUGAAGACAAAAGGUGACAGAGCAAUUUUUGCUGAGGCCUCCAAACUCUAUUACUCUCCUUCUGAGGAUGAGAACUGUUAUCUCUCUUAAAAAGUAGCUGAAAACUUUUUUAAACCAUCCUUUAUGUAAGAUCCUGUGCAUUCAUUUUUUCUUCUGGAGUUUCUUUUUUGUGCUUUUAACUGUGCAACAGUACACUAAUAUCACUUUCCUUUUUAAUAAUAGUUUUACUUUGUUUUUUUUUUUCCAUUUUAUGUACCCCUUUGUAUUUUUAUUCUGUACUGUGUAGUAUUUUGUGAUAUUUGUAUGUGUGAAGAUGUUUUUAUUUACCUGAUUACUUACUUCCCUUAAGCCAAGGCUGCAACCUCAAAAAGACCUGACAGUUCUCAGAGUUAUUUUGCAUUUUUUGUACCACGGCUGUCAUGUGCGUCAUGUUCUGGCACUGUUCUCGCUGCAACAAAAGCUAUGUAGCCAAGCAGCUAAAAUCAAGAAGCUCAGGCCUCCUGCGUAUAGAGAUCAGUGUGUCAUUUGCUCCACGUGGACUGGGACUGGAGGGAAGCGCACACACCUCCAAAUUAUUCAAAUAAGCGAGAUUCUGAGAGACUGAGGGAGUUGCUUUUUUUCCCAAGCUGUAAGGCACAAAUGCAAAAUGUGUUUAAGGAAAACCCUGGCAUUCUAUUUUCCUCUUGUGGCUUAUAAUGUCGAUUUAUGAACAUCACAGUGCCACUCGCAUAAAACCUCAGGUUAUUGCACACAGAUUUCCUGCUUUGCAGGGUGCUGUACUCUACACUAAAAACCCUAUAAACAUUUAUUUGUACAUUUACAGUUUAAAAUGAACAUGCGGAUAAUAUAAAAAAGCUUUGAAUGAAAAAGAGUAAUUGGAAGAAAAGAAAUCCUAUAGCAUACCCUUUCUCUCUCCCUUUCUCUUUGAAAGUCAAUUCAGUAUACCAUAAGCAACUAAGUAUAAAUCAGCCAUAUAUAUAUAUAACAAAGAAUAAUCAAUAUAUAUUGUCUUUGUAAUGAUACAGCACUCUACUGAGUAAAUACACUUUAUUAUACCUUGAUUAUAUUUUAUUAUUUUCUUAAAAAUAAAAAAAUUGGUCUACUGUUUUUGGUUUCUUUAGAGAGAUUGUUCCACAGGUUUGUUUCAUUUGGCCAUGCUUGUUAUAAGCAAAAAAAUAAAAUAAUACUCUGAAGGGCGUUUCCUCCAACACAUUAAGAUUGCCACUGAUGGUGAAAUCGCAGAAACCUUCCUUUUAGUGAAAUGAAGAAACAUCCUAGUGCAUCUUUGGAAAGGCUGGAAAGCAGCAGGGAAGCUCCUUGUGGAUGAGAGCCCAGAGGCUUUAUGAUCACCUUCAUCUUUAAUGAGAUUUUCCAAAACUGCCACAAUCUAGCAAGGUCUGAGCAAUUUUAGAGAUUCUGGAGAGUACAGGAUUUAGGGAUAUGUUAGUCCAUUAAUAAAGCUGAUCUGAGAAUGUGCUGCUAUUGAUUCAAGAAAUUAAAUCCAUUUAUGGCAUUGAAGAGUGGAGAAAUUGUCAUACGCUCAAUUUUCCUAAGGUGGAGCCAGACAACUGAAGGAAAACAUAUCAUGAAGUAUAGCAACAUAUAUAAAUUUUAAAAACAAACAAGUAAAUAUUGAAGUCAUUCCUAAAAUUGUAUAGGGUCUGCAUGUUUGCACUGAGAGCUUUUCCUAUUGGUUCUCCAGAGUUAAUGCCUAAUGUGUAUGCCUCUGCACGGACACCCUGGUGCUGCAUGUUAUAAUGUUCGUGCGCACGUCACGCUGAGGCUGGCAUUGUCAACAGCAGUAAACAUCUUCACAGAAGUAAUGGGAGCCCUGUCCCCCGUCACGCUGUGGGCCAUAUUAUCGUUUUGUUACGCUCCAUUGUCACGUCUCUUCCAUCUAGAAGCACACCUGAGAGGAAAACACACAGACGGAGAGAGAGAAUAUGAGGACGUGGGGAAUAGAGAAGACGAAUGUAGCAAAUGCAUAAAGACGCUACGUUUUUGUCUUUAUUUUCUUGUACAUUUCUCAGUAUCCAAAUCAGAACGUCUUCAUUGCUAUUGAGAGCUUUUCAUUUAAUUGCUUUUCUUUUUGCUAAAUCUCUAUUUAGCAAAAAUCAAUAAAGAGAGGCAAUAAACCCCAUUUAGCUCUCGGUUGUUUACAGCUGACGGUGUGGAGCAGUCGGCAAUAAAUUGUAAGCAACAAACAAAUGAAAACUGUUUUAGCAGAUAUAAACUGUAGGAAUGCUUGCUCCUCUUUUGAUUCACAGUAACAAGCACUAAUGAGCUCUAUUAGGCAUAAUGAUGCCAACAAGGCUCAGAGAGGGAAUCUGCAUACGAGGGGCUUUUGCAGUACGUGUGUCGUCUUAAUGUGUGUGCGGUAUACCUCAAACGCUGCCUGCUGUUUAGUUUUGUCUGUUUGUAUCGCUCUUGUACCUCAAGUGGAGAGCUUUGGAAUAAUUAUCUUGGUUCAGAUCGGUGCUGCUAACAGUAGUGUCUGUGUAAAUAAAGCUGUUUAUUCGUUAUCACGACGUGAUCGAUGACUCAGAGGGAUGUUGGACUCCAGCCGAAGUGGCUUCAAUCAUGCACAUGCACACGCCAUGGUUGCUACAACCAGCACUUAAACUCGAGCGCAAACAGGCAUAGAAAAAUAAUUGCAAUCAAAGUUUUCUUGUGCUUUCUCUUGAAAAUUAGCUCGCGCCUCUCUCUGUGUUUUUGCUCCAUCGACGUCACCGCCAGGUGCUACAGGGGAAGGCAUGACGAAAUCAGUUAAUGUCUUUGACUAAGUCUUUGUUUUCCUAAAUUUUCCUCGGUCUCUCGGGGCUUAUCUGCCUCUGCUACACGCACACAAGUACACUCUGCGCCUCCCGAGUUUGUUCCACUGUCUGGCUCACCUUAUCGCUAUCCAUUUAU